CACAAUAUGUCGUAGACUAGCGACUAUGGAAACACCAUUCCCGUAAAGACACGGCACCACUACCCACACAUUGCCCUCCAUACCCACCUCAAAAAUGUCUCUUACUCAAAAGCUGGCCAAAUCGCCAGUAUUUCAUUCCUUACUCGGUGCGAACAGCUUCUUCCUGGCCGAUGCAGCAUGGCAGUCCCGGCCUGCAUACGUUCGAUCGACUUAUCCGACACGAUCCUUCUCGCUCGGGCGAACGCUACGGGAUCAGAAGGAGGCUCAGCCCAGCUCUCCAAUCGACUCGACCGAGAGCGCAGCCAGUAGUAGCAGUGACAAUGGCAGUCGAAGUGGCAGUGAUGGGUCUUCAGUACGAAAACAAAAGUCUGCGCAAUUGGACAAGAUGAAGAAGAAGAAUUCCGCGUCGGGUGACGCGGCAGGAGCAGAAAGCACUGCCGCAGAUAGUCCCAUGCAGAGUCUACCUCCUGGGUGGGAAGAGAACGCUGACUAUAACAUCAGCAACUUCUCCGAUCUACCCCAUCGUUUCUUUGGGUACAACCAGCACAUCAAGAUCAAUGAGGAUUUCAAAGAAUCUUUACGACAGGUGCUGUGGCAGUUCCGAGCACCUAUACGCUAUGCGUUUGCCUAUGGGUCUGGUGUAUUUGGUCAAAAGUCCUCAAGUUCUAGCACUGCCGGUGAAUCGCUGAGUCCACAUCCGAACCCUCCCAAGGCCGUGGAGGACUGGCAGAAGGGGGGUGCAAAGAUCAUCGACUUUGUCUUUGGUGUCAGCCACACGCAACACUGGCAUAGCUUGAACUUGCAGCAGAAUCCACAUCACUAUUCGGGCCUCAGACACAUGCCCUUCAGCUCGGGUCUCGUGUCGUGGAUGCAGGAUGGUUGGGGGGCUGGUCUGUACUACAAUCCCUACAUCACCGUCAACGGAAUCAUGAUCAAGUAUGGUGUCGUACACCUUGAUACUCUCGCCAAAGACUUGACCGAUUGGAACACACUCUACCUAGCUGGCAGGCUCCAGAAGCCUGUCAAGAUUCUCCGCGACGACCCUAGGAUACGAUUGUCAAACCAGGUCAACUUGAUCUCGGCGCUACGAACCGCACUUCUCAUGCUGCCAGAACAGUUCACAGAGAAGCAGCUUUACGAGCGCAUCACAAGCCUUUCGUACCUUGGAGACCCUCGAAUGCACUCCAUGAUCGCAUCCGAGGCACCAAACAAGGUUUCGAACAUUGUGGGCGCGCAACUCCCGGGCUUUCGACAACUCUAUGUUCCACUGAUCGAGAAUCUGCCCAAUGUGAACUUCACCGACCCCCGCACACCACACUUCUACGGAUGGGAAAAGGAAGAUGCCAUUCGUCACACUGGCACCAUCUCCCAGCUCCGAGAUGUCCUUGGCGGCCAGGAUGGUCUGACACUCACCCAAGACAUGGACCCACAAAAGCGCGGCAACAUGGUCCGGCGUCUGCCCCAAGACUUUCGAAGAAAACUCUACUAUCAAUAUAUGAAGAAGUUCCAGCUUCCUGGCUCUGCCUUUGACGACAUUCUCAAAUCACAGGAAGAUGAGGACCCUACUGGUUUCAAGAGGAGAGAAGGCGGUUCUUUUGAAAAGCGAAUUGCAAGUUCCCACGAUCUCCCUGAGGUGAUGGCUACUUGUGUGAAGAAGACGGUGGCCUGGCCUGCAGCUAUGCAGUCUGUCAAGGGUGUUUUCACGAGUGGUCUGACCAGGAGUAUUAAAUAUGUGGGAGAGAAGAGAAGUAAGGGAAAGGCGAAGAAAGCUGCAGCGGCUGAGAUGAAGAAAGAGGGGGUGAGAGUGGAGGAAGCCUCUGAGGAAAAGGAGGAGGAAAGUCCUGCUGCCGAGAAGAGAAGACAGUUGUUGAAAGAAGAGGCCGAAGACGACGAGAAGACAAACUACAAAAAGCGGUCCGAAUAGGUGGAUUGCUUUGAUCAUUGUGGCUGUUGCUGCAUGAAACGGUAUAGAUGACUCCUUUGCUCGGAAGCAAUAGGACAGGAAAGUGCAAAGGCAAAAGCACUUGACCAUGAUGCUUGCCUCUUGGCAGGCCGAAGAACGACAGCAGAUUGUCGAACACCGCGUAUUGCCCGCGGGACUGUAAAUACUGAUCAGUCGCAAAAAGCCAUUGAACAAACG